ACCAUUCGCGCUGCUGCCUCACCACCGCCAACCUGCGGCACCCUCGAGGCCGCAGGACGCCUCUCACUCUCGGAGCGUUGAUCAGCCAUCCAGCAAUAUCAGCAAUGUCGGCACACUCGGCUUCUCCAUCUCCGUUGCAAUCGCCGGCCAACGGCCUCGCGGAUGAGAGCAGGAUGCCCAAGGGACAUUGUCGAUACAUCCUUCUCCAACCCGAGAUCAAGGGCCAAAGGUGUGCUUGUGUCAACUUCACACUCAACAAGGGCAUCCCCGGCUCUACCUGCGAAUGUGGCCAUCUGGCAUGUUACCACAACAGAGAGCCUGAUGUCUCUGCAGACCAGAGGCAGGAGCUUGAACAGUUGAAGCGGCGGCUGCAGCAUCUCGAGGAGCAGCUCUCCAGGGGGCAGGAGGACGUACUGGACAGCGUCGUCAGCAGGCUGAACGAAGUGGAGGAGCACCUGGAGAAGAGCAAGGAAGAAGUCGGGGAGCAAAUAAAAGGGGCUUACCGGAACGUCAGCAUCAGCUGGCGGUCUAUCGAACAGGCGGAGCGCAGGAGCCAGCAGCACGACGAGCAACUCCGCCACAUAUACGACAAGCUGCGCGACCACGACGAGCAGCUCGACAGGGUGCACGCCGGACAGCUCGAGCUCCGAGAUGCGGACCUAAGCUUGGAAGAGCGCAUCGAGAACCUGACCGAGACGCUCGAGGAGGAGGAAGAAGCGCGCCUCGCGGCGGCGCUCGCCGCCCGGCCGCAGCGGAGGAGGUCAACAUCCGACACGUCCCGCCCAAGCGUCCCGUUGGGCCCUUUAGGGGCGGGGGCCGCCCACCAAGUCCCGUAUCCGUCGCCAACGGGCGGCCCCAUCAGCACCAGCACCUUCUCAGAAGUCUGCGACGGAACCGGGCGCGACGCCAAACGCUCAACUCGCCAUUUUUGUCGGCACCCCUCCUCUCCGCGACCGGCACUCUCCCCACCUGUCCGGCCCACCGGCCCCUGGACGGUCCACAUCUCCCUCCUCCCCCAUGCCUCUGUGCCCAUGCCCUUCGAGCGCAACACGACUGCCUACCAGCGCUGCCUCUCGCGGGGCCUGCAUCGCAUGGUAGCCGUGCAAGGCCGAGACGCGGCCUCGUUCAAGGAGGCCGUCGAGAAGGCGUUCGGGCAGUUCCUCCGCGGGCGCGAGUGGAUGCCGCUGCAGGCGAAGCUGUGCGACGCCGCCACGCUGCAGGGCCUCCCGAUGCUGCGGCGGCUGGACGACCCGAAACGGCGCAACCCGCGCCUGGUCCUGGGCGGCGACCCAGCGUGUGACCACGAGUUCCUGCGCCGCCACUGCGCCGUCGUCGACCCGCACGGCGUCAUCGACUCGCUGUACAUCGCCAUGCGCAACCACACCAUCAGCUGGCACACGCUACGCCACGCGCCCGUCUUCAUGGAGGGGCUCGAGGACUGCUGGGCCUACGACCCCCUGCUGGAUAAGGAUCCCUUUGACGACGCCGACAUUGCGGUCGAUGACGAAGCCCGGCCCGCUGCGGGAGACAUCACUACCGCGCUGCCGCCUUCUGCGGGCGGCGUGGCCGGGCUCAAGAGGCCGCUAUCGGAGAUGUCCCGAUCCAAUAGCUUCGGCUCCGAUGGGAAUUCUUCUGGUGCUGCCGCGGCAUUACAGGGGUCCUCGUCGUCAUCAUCAUCAUCAUCUUCUUCUUCUUCUUCUUCUUCUUCCUCCUCCUCCUCCUCCUCUAACACCACCUCUACCGCCGCCGCCACCGGAGACAUGAUGGGUGAUGAGGCUCGUGUCAAGAGACCAUGUCCUGCCCCGCCGUCAGCGUCGAUUGUGGAGAUUCGGAGGAGGGAUACCAUCAAGACUGCUUGAGCGGUGGAAGCACAUACGUAUUCACCGUUUGUCGAGCAUGGGGCCGCGUGAGAGAGGGGACUUGAAAUGCGUCAUGAACAGAACAGAACGCGCACAUGAGAUAGACUGGGUCGCUCAUAGAGCACGACGACUGGGGGGGUAAUGUUAUAGACUCUGCGGGUGUUUUGAGGACUGUUUGGAAGUGGUCGCGGCGUUCUUUUACCUUCUUAAGGAGAAAAUUGCGGCGUACAGCGAUAUUCGUGCGGAAUUUUCCGGUGUUUUCAACAGAGGUCGGGGGAGGGGGGAAGUCGGUUGGGUUGUUCUUUGGCAACGGGGUAUUUGUUAUUCGUUUUAGCUUCACCCCUCCCCAUUUAUGUUUUAUCGAAUGAAGUCGCCUAUUCUCUUUUUUUUGAUGC